AUGCUGUCCCACAGGUUCGUGACAGUGCGUGGGGGCAGCCCUGCGGCCCGGUCAGGUCAGAUCCAGCCGGGUGACCAGCUAGAGGCAGUGGAGGGGCGGUCCGUUGUCACGCUGCCUCACAGAGACCUGGCACAGAUACUGAGACGGGCCGGAAACACACUCAGACUCACCAUCAUACCAAGACUUAACCCCAACUCCUCUAGUAUGUCAGAAGGCCCAGAGUUAGAUGCUGGUGGCAGGACAAGGAAAGGCCACAGAGGGAGGCCCAAGCAGCAGGACCAGCGUUACUAUAGUGUAGACCUAGAGAGAGGUCCUACAGGUUUUGGCUUCAGUCUGCGGGGGGGCAGUGAGUACAACAUGGGCCUGUAUGUCCUGGGACUGAUGGAGGGAGGACCUGCCUCACGCAGCCACCGGAUACAGGUGAGUGACCAGCUGGUGGAGAUAAAUGGUGACAGUACAACAGGAAUGACCCACAGCCAGGCCGUAGAGCAGAUAAGAAGAGGGGGACAUCGUAUACACCUGGUACUGAAGAAAGGAAACGGAUACGUCCCGGACUAUGUGGAGCUCUCCAGCCUGUCUCUGUGUAUGACCAACUCUAAGCAGGGAGAGCCUUGUUUCUAUGUCAUCGGCAGAACAGAGAAUACGCGACCAUGAUCCCAGAGCAGUCUCCCCCUCCUCCUAUCUCUACCCAGAGGAGCCGGGUGUGGCUGCAGUAGAUAAAACACGCUCUCUGCCAACGAAGAGCGGAAGGGUGGAUAGAGGAGGAGGACAGAGGGAGAGGGAGAAGAGAAGGAGGCAGAGGAAGGGAGGUAGUCUGGGGGAAAGGAGUAGCAGAGGAGGAGGACGAGGUACUCCUGACACAGACCUGGAUUGUCCCGAGGAGGAGGAG